UUUCCCUCUUUUUUUUACAUCGUUUUCCCCUUUUUUUUUUACAUCAUUUUCCCUCUUUUUUCAUCUAAAAGCAGAAGGGUUUCCUCAAAACCCUUCAUUUUCAUCAUCUCAUUGAGUGAACUUCUUCCAUUGCCAUAAUCUUCUGAUUUCUUCUUGAUAUUUUCCUUUUUUUCUCAUAACUUAUCCCUCUAGAUACCCACUUUGUGCUGUCGUACUUGUUGGGAAGCAAAAAUUGAAGUUUAGUGGAGCAGUUUCUAUUGGAGACUUCGAUAGUUAAUUAUGUAUUAUUCCCAUUAUAAGAUGUUUCAAUCUCAUGUUCUAUCCUUUUAUUGUUAAUUUGGCAGAUUUGCACUUGAUUUGUGGAUUGGUGCCUCUUCUUGGUUACUUAAAGAACUCCCAUGCUAACAUUAGAGCCAAAGCGGCAGAAGUUGUAAGUACAAUUGUUCAAAACAACCGGAGGAGCCAACAACUAGUAAUGGAAGCUAAUGGCGUAGAACCUCUUUUGUCAAAUUUCACCUCAGAUCCUGAUGUUACUGCCCUUACUAAAGCUCUGGGUGCAAUCUCAUCUUUAAUCAGGCACAAUAAGCCUAGGAUUGCUGCAUUUCAUCUUGCAAAUGGUUAUGCAACUUUAAGAGAUGUUUUGAGUUCUGAGAGUCGGAGAUUUCAGAGCCUAGGAACUUGGAAAAAUGAAAUGCAUAAAGUUGCAUGCUUAUUGGUCCAAGAAGGAUAAAAUGGAGGUUGUCAUAGCUACUGCUCUUUUGGGAUCAACAGAUGAUUCAUCAAAAGAUUAAGAGCUCGACAUAAAUCGCAUGUACUUUGAUAUUGCGGGUGGAGAAAACAAAUGAUGUGUGUAUGAAUUGGGCUCUCAAGCUUCAACCUUGUAUAAAGAUAUGACAUGCAAUUUGCCUGUAGUGUCCGAUCAUGUUGCCAAAGAGUGCAUCAAAAUAAUUGAGAAAGAGGUGUCGUAUAUGAGAGAAAAUCAAGAGAGAGUUCUUCAAGAGCGUGUAGAGUUGGAGGUGCAACAACGAGUAGAGCAAGAGGUUUUCCAUUUGAGGCAACAAAGUGAUGAUCGAUUCAAAUCUAUGGAGGAGCAAUGGUCUCGCAUGAUGAGCGAUAUGACAUUAUCUUCUCGCUCAUUUAGUAAUCUUACUCUCUCUAAUAGGAACUCAUCUAAUGCUUAAGUGUUUAAUAUUUUGAGACUUUAGUUACUUGAAGUGUCGACUUGAACAUUGUCACACUUUUUUGGAUAGUUAUAUGCUUUAAAUUUUAAACAUUGGUAGACUUUUGCUUAUUGAAGUUGUGAUUUUGGUUGUUUUAAUCAACUUCAGAUGUUUUUUAUUAUAAAUCUCGUAUUAUGUUUUAUAUA